UUUUCUAAAGACCUAAACGUGUUUAGUAAACCCUAGCUAUAUUUAUCACAUUGCCUCCCCGAUCCACAAGCUCUACUUCAACUUCGGCUGAUCAUGAUCUCCCAAGAAGUUGAGCAACCUCAAAAGAGGAAGAAAACGAUUUCUGAGCCACCGUCGACAUCGUUCUCCUCACUUCCAGAUGAAAUCGCAGAGAACAUUCUUGCCCGUGUCUCGAGAUGGGAUUACCCGCGGCUCUCUCUCGUAUCCAAGAGUUUCCACUCUCUCUUAUCUUCUCUGGAAAUCUACAAGACGAGAUCUCAAAUCGGAGUGAAUGAAACAUGCGUCUAUGUUUGCUUACAGCUGCCUAAUCAACCAUGUGCGAGCUGGUUUAGUCUGUGGACAAACCCUAAUAAAAAAAGAAACAAACGAACCAAACGGAGAGGGAAGACUAAGUUUAAGCCCGACUCAAGUGGAAACUCGGUUGUUCCGACACCAUUCUCUUCUUCCCAUUCUCCUCCCCCACCUCAUUGCAUCAGCGAAACAGUUGGUUCGGAAAUCUACAUAAUCGGCGGACCCGACGGGGAGACGUCUUCAUCUGUUCGGAUGCUUGAUUGUAAGAGUCACACUUGGCGUGAUGGACCUAACAUGACCGUGGCUAGGGAGGAUGCGUCUACAGCUUUACUCAAUGAGAAAAUAUAUGUAAUGGGAGGUUGCGAUAUUGACGCCUACUCUAGCAACUGGGUUGAGGUAUUUGACAUAAGGACUCAGUCCUGGACUGCCUUGCCUGGUCCUGGCCCUGAUGACAUGGACGACGAGUUACGACAUGCAUAUUGUACUGUAGUUAAUGUGUUUGAAGGAAAAAUUUACUUGGCUACAGAUGGUAAGGACUACACUUAUGAUCCGAAAUAUGGUACGUGGAAACUUGUAAGUGAGUAUACGAGCUUCGUGACCGACUCUAUUGAGUGUUGGUGUGAUGAGAUGGAGAAUGUAAUAUACUGUUUCACUGACUCGGGGUACUUAAUGUGGUCAACCUCUGAGAUUGAAGGUAGAGAGUGGAGAGAGAUCAAGGGCUUGGAUAAAUUGCGUGAGCAUUUAAAAAGUGGGAAUGAGUUUGAAUUGGCUAACUAUGGUGGGAAGCUUUUAGUUAUGUGGCGUCCAGAUUCCGAUCUUUGCAUGGGAAACAAGAUUUGGUAUGCAAAGAUUUGUUUAGAAUCAAGAUGCAAUGGACGUGAGGUGUGGGGCAAGGUUGAGUGUGUCGAUGUGCUUACUUUUCCUGUUGAAACAUUUGAAAGCUUUCAUUGUUUAACUGCUUCGGUUUGAUGUCUGGGUAUGAGUUUGUGUUCCUUUUGCUUCCAACAUGAUCGAUGUUUUUGUUCUUUGAGGAGGCCUCUCUUUUCACGUACAAGUUUACAAUUAA